UAACCCAAAAUGUAAACAGGUACGGUAUUUUUAUUUAAUGAGUGAUGUAAUGUGCCGUAUUUUGCCGGCGAUUAUGUUGGAACUUUUGACUUAUGUAAACAAGUGUUGGAAAGCAAAUAAUUGACGUGUCAAACUUGGUACGUACAUGUAUCUUGUGCAAUGAACCUUCUCUUGCAUGCUCUUAAAUGUGGAGCUCGAGCGUUUAAUCGGCAGUGACAGUGUGACGAGAGGGAAGGAAGUUAAUGAAGUCUGUUCAUCAUCAUGAUCAUGUUCAUGGUGGAGACUGGAGGAAGUCGAAACGGUCGAAACCCCUGUACAAACACAAACAUGACGAACGUCACUUUCGUCGGCGUUCAAUUCAAGGCUAGCAAUAGCCAUGGUCAUGAUGGAAUCAUGUGUGGAUUGAUGGGAACCAGACAGCAGUAUUUGUGUCAGUCUCCAACAAGUUCCUGCCAAAUUGCUGCACAAAUUGAGUGACUGUCAAGUAACUCUCUGCUGCGUCUCUAAUCGUAAACUCAACUUGCAGUCCAGUCUUCAGUUUUCAUCCUUGAGGGCAUACAGUACAUGUACAUGUAUGGAUGCUCAGAAGUAAUUUUUCUGUGUAGUCUUGCGUGGUAUAUUCCUCAAUGUCUGAUUCUAGACAUCUCGCCAACUACAUGUAUGCGGUAUGAAUCAAGUGCCAUCUACAUGUAUGUAUUAAACUGGAAAUGCCAGUUUCGAUAUUACCAGAGCAUUGCAUGUUAUUUAAAUAACACUCUGUCAAUGAGUUAAAGCAAGUUUGAUCUUCUGAUGAACAGUUUGAUGAAAAUACCGUACUACAAGAGGAAAUUAUGGAGAAAGACGUGUCUACAAGAUUAGGGUGUGUGGAGGAUUUUAUAGCAGGGGUUAAGUCGUACUACAAUAACCCAGAUCUGAGUGAUGUGAUCAUCCGUGUGGAUGGCAGGGUCUUCCAUUGUCACAAGUUCUUCUUGGCAUCAUCCAGCGAUGUCUUCCAGACUAUGCUGACGGGUUCCCAGUGGGUGGACUCGCAGCAGCAGGAGAUUGUGCUUGAAGAGAGCCCCGAGUGUACGGCCGUGUUUGGAGAGUUCUUGAAGUACCUCUACUGUGGUCAGGUGACAGUGGACAUGCGGACCAUUAUGCCGAUCUUCACUCUUGCCGACAAGUACAACAUCCACCGGCUGCGGUGCCAGUGCGAGCGAUACAUGACGGAGCAGAUCGGGCAGGGCAAUGUGAACGGGGCUCUGGACUGGCUGUCCUUUGCUGAAACCUACAACCUGGAUCAGCUAGUCAGCCACUGCUAUGAGGUCAUCGCCUGUAACUUGCCGAAGAUCCUAGAGCUAGACUCCUGGUUGGGGCUGUCAGUGGAGCAGAUGUGCCGACUUCUUGACAGUGGGCAGCUCAUUGUCACUGAUGAAUACUCACUCUUCAAGGCCAUCGAGCGCUGGCUGGUGCAUGACCUUCAGAAAGGCGGGGUGACUGGCAACCUCCGUAGGGUGCUGCCAUACAUCCGCUUCGCCCAGAUGACUUCAGAGCAUAUUCUGACCAUCGAGAGGUCCGAGUUUGGCCAGAUCUACGAAAAGCAGAUCAAGGACCACAUCCUGGAAGGUUACAAGUUUCACGCUCUGGUGGGGACUGCGAACAUGUCAGAGCUGUUCUUGGCCGAGCGCUACCAUGCACGGCUCUACUUAGCCCCGCCGCACUGCCACGUGCUGUACGUCCAUCCGACCAGCACGGUCAUGGCCAAUGCCAUGACGCAGGGCUACCGGCCAAAGAGCGGUUCCCCGUGGUACCUCCUCUUGCUGCAGAACUCCAAAGCUGACGCUGCUGCUGCAGCCGCCUGCAGUGCUAGCGCCACCAAUGACGUAACAUGUGAGCGAGGCAUGUUGACCAAUGUCACAUACAAGCUGCAAGCACCCAACACAGACAUUGGAAAAUCCUUCAGGUUAGCCAUCUCGGCGUUUGACGCCAAUGACAAAUUCUUGAAUGCUGUCACAAAGAGUGGACUAGUCUAUAAACCAGACGGUCCCACUGCUAACGUACAUUGGAGCUUGACAACAAACGUCACCACCAUCCACUCUCAAGCGUUCCUUGACAAGAAAGGCGGAAAAAUCAAACUUGGUGUAGUCAUCCAGGUGUUUUAAGUUUCAAAUAUGAACCAGGUAUCAAGUGAUGUUUUUAAUUGGACAAAACUCCAUAAUUUCUUCAUAAAUCUAUCCAAAUAACUUGCCACAGAACAAUAUACAUUGUAGACAUGUAAAGGUACCAGUCCAUCAUUUGUAAUUUGUGCAUUUUGUUCGUUUGAACUUUGAAGCAACAAACGUGCUCAAAAUC